AUGAGAUUUACUCGUCUAUUUAUAUUGUCAAAACUCAAAAAAUUCUGAGAAAAGUGUGCCAUAUUGAUGACAUCAUCACUAAGUGCACCAAUAUGAUAUGAUUUUGUUGAAAAUAUGAGCUGAUUUGCAAUACAAUAUAAGCUUCUAAGCAAGAUUAUUGCAAUUUAUAUAAAUCAAUUUUUUGUGAUUAUAAUUAAUGAUAAUUCAAUUAUACUAAAUCUGAAACAAAGAGUGCAAAAAUUUUAUCUAGCCUCUUAA